GUCAAGUUAUUAACAUUUGACACAAAAGUAACAAAUUAAGCAUCAAACAAAUUAGUUACUUUUUAGGUAUUGUUUUAACAACUAUUAUUGUUUUAAUAGUCAAAGUUUAGUAUUAUUUACUGUAAUAAUGGCUACUGUGACAUCACCCUCGAUAGAUCUCAGUUCUUACAGAGAUCAGCAUUUCAAGGGUACUAGAGCAGAUCAAGAUAGGCUGUUAAGAAUUACGAGUACUUUGUAUGUUGGAAAUUUAUCUUUUUACACCACCGAAGAACAAAUUUAUGAAUUAUUCUCAAAAUGCGGAGAUAUUAGAAGAGUUAUUAUGGGAUUAGACAAAUAUAAGAAAACUCCUUGUGGAUUUUGUUUUGUUGAAUACUAUACUAGAGCUGAUGCAGAAAAUUGUUUAAGAUAUAUCAAUGGAACCAGAUUGGACGAUAGAAUUGUUAGAACUGAUUGGGAUGCUGGAUUUAUUGAAGGUAGACAAUAUGGUAGGGGCAAAACAGGUGGCCAGGUUCGUGACGAAUAUAGAACUGAUUAUGAUGCUGGACGAGGUGGUUAUGGAAAAAUAAUCCAACAAAAGAUUGGAGGAAUUGAAACUCCUGCUUUUUUAAGAUAAUUUUUAUUAUAAGAUUAUUGUAAAUUUUUUGUGACACUUAAUUUGUAAAAUAUGUGAUUUCUGGGAUAAUUUUAUAUGAAAUAGAGACUUAUUUAUUAUUAGCGUUUUUUUUUCACAAAAACCAGUGAUUCCAAAUCCAUUAUUCUGCGAUGUUUUGUGGAUAAGUAUAAAAUAAUACAUAAUUCAAAAUUUCAUAACACUAAUUAGAUCAUCUUCGAAAUAUAUUUGCUACAAAGUUUCAGGUUGCUAAAAAAUGAAAUCAAAUAAUAGGAAUUUAUUCAAAUAUCAUUGUAACAAAUGGGAAAGAAUCAUAUGAGGGUUAAAGAAAGCAGCUACUAAUACCUUAUCAUUUAAAAUUCAAAUGAAUAUCCCAGGAAUUAUUGAAAAAGACUGUGACAUCCAAAUUGUAAAUAAAAUAUGUUCGUUUUUUAAACGUAAUCAUACAAACUCAAUGUUUUGAUUAAAAAAAUAUUUCAGUUUGUUUAUUAUAUUUUCAUAAUAAAAUUUUCUAAAUUGUAUAUUUAAAUUUAUAUAUUGGAUCUUUGUUUAUACAUAUACUUCAUCCAUUAAGUCUUGUCUUAGUAUUACGUUAUUGAUCGUGCUGCUACCUAUUCAGAGUGAAAAUACUUUUCAACAGAAACCUGUGCAACAUAAAAUCUUUUUAAAUUUAAAUCGACAGAUGGCUUUAGGGUAUCGUGCCUGCUGGAGCCACAUGUCACUAAUCUGAACGAACUGUCACUUGUAUUUAUAAAAUUUGUUUUCCAAAAAUGGCAGCCUCUUGCUUCUGGUAAGUCGUUCGCAGAAUAGGUUGCUAUUAUUGUUGUAUUAAUCAUUGGUUUUAAGUGAUAUGUGUUUGAUGUAGUGUGAAACAUAUUUUGUGUAACAAUUCCGUUCUUCUUCGUUAUACGAAAGUGAAAAUUUGGCAAUUAGAUCUACAGUACUAAUUGAAGUAGGUACUUUUCUUAUUUCCCUUGUUUGUAGUUAUUUAUAGGAAUGUUUAAUAUAUAUAUUUUAGCUUAUUGAAUGAACCUUAUGCUUUUUUAUUAACAUUUUAAAGUAAUGGGUGAUAUUGAAACGAGGACAAACACACCUACUUAUAUUUUUAUCCUUCACCUAAAUAUGUAGAAAUAAAACUUAUUUUUUAAGACGGAUUUUACAAAUAUGAAAUUUGUUAUCUUUACUAUUUUUGUGAUAUUAAAUCUUUAUAAAUUUGUUUUAAAUAGAGUUUUAAAAUUGUGUUUAAAAUAACAUGCUUCACAUACACCAUGUGUGUGUGGGUGUAAGGUACCUAUUAACUAUCUGGGAUUGGUUACAGAAACAUAAAGAAAUUACACCUACACUAAUGGUAAUUUCUAGUACUAACUACAAUUCUUUUUAUUUCUACUAAGAAGUCUUAUCCCUUGUAGUUUCACUGAUCAUUAAUCAGUUUGUUGGUUCUCAAAGUUGUGACUCAGUUUCUAAAAAUAUUUUUAUUGCUUACCUAUCUACAUCCUCUGCUAGGAUUUGAUUGCAGUUUAAAUUAUGCAAUUAAAUCAGUUACUUUUUUGUAAUUUCCUCUAAUAGUUUGAUAAGAAAAUUAAAUUAAUUAAGAAUUUAUAAAUAUAAUACCCAGUAGAAAGUGCUUUAGAACAAAGAAUAUUAUUUCUUUGAACUUUAAUAAAAGUAAGUAAAUGACAUAUGUUAUUGAGUCUAUUUUUCCAUUAGUUUCAUUAGCUAAAAAUAAUCAAUAAUCUGCCAUUUUAAGUCAGACUAACUUUAAAAGCCCCUUUUUCAAUUUUUUCAAUCUAGAGCUUAUUGUUUGCCAGGCACUUAGACCUUAUAUUAUUCGUAACUCGCAUAAAGCUGUAUCAAUUUCUGGUAUAUGUAAUAAAAAACUUUUUGUGCUAUUUACUUUUUUCAGUAUAGUGAUAAUUGUUAAAAUCUAAACUUGCUUUAGUUUAACAUUCAUUUUUCUUGGACAAUAUUUGGAAAGCAGUAAAACCAUUUUAUAAUUCUUACUAAAUUUUAACAUGAUUCUAUACCAGAUAAAGUGGCAGUAUGGAUUGAAUUCUUAUGAUAUUGUGGAUAUACAGAAAACUUAAGAAUAUGGGAGAUAUAUUGAUAAAUAUUAUUUUUAAAAUCUCUCAAUCUAUAAGAUGAAGUUUAACAUCAUCAUAUAAAUCUUGUAUGCAAUUGUGAUAAUGUUUAAAUCUCCUAGGAAUGUAUCUAGAUAUUUUAAAGUUAAUUAAUUUCUAUGAUUUGAAAUUUUUGGUUACCCACAACAAUUAUUACCAAAUAUAAUAAUUUAUGACCACAAGAUAAACAUGAAAGGACUUUGAUAAGAUAUACCAUAAAUAUACGAAAAAAACAAUAUUUAAACAAGUAAUACCAAUGUUUGUUUUUAUGUUGUCACAUGCUGCUACAAGUAUGAAUGAAAAAAAGACAUAAAAAUGAAAAAAUAGAUUGUUUAUUCAUUGCUCCAUGGGAUCAAUGAACUAAUCUCAACAUAUUAUAAAUAAUUUGUUUUGUAAACAUACUAGAGUUGCCCUUUAAGGUUUUCUAAAAAUAAGUAUUAAUUAGGAAGUUUCUAUUUCAAAUGGUAAUAUAUCUGUUAUCUAGUUAAAUGCUUAUUGUGAAUUGCAAUCAUAUUCAUCUAUUAAGCUGAAUCAACUUGUAGUGGUUAUCCACUUACAGUGAAUUGAAUUUAUAAGGAUGGUGCUCUCAAUGUGUCUAUUUAUUCAUUUAGAUCUCGAUUUAUAGUUAAGUUUGAACAAUAAUUUUAAUUAUUUCCUCAAUCUGAAAAUAUAACAAACUCAAAUUGAUGGAAAUGUUUCAUAAAUUGACCACAAUCAUCCCAAGUAGGUGAAGAUAUAUAUUUUACAGAAUAAUUCGUAUUUAUUUGAAUUGUGUGAUGACUGAAUAUUGACUAGGGAAUCGAUUCAAUUACUGUGAUAAACCUAAAUGAAAAGUUCAUAAACAAUCUUUGAUGAUGGUUCAGGGUCAAUUUAUUUUUAAUGUUUAUACAACUUUUCUGUUUGCAGUCUUAAUGAAAAAACUAUUAUCUAAAUUUAUUCUGAUGUUUUUUCUCCUGAAAUAGAUAUAUUUAAAAUUUUAUACAAUUUAUGUUUUCCAAUUACCAACUUUAUUUUGUAGCAUAACAACUUUCAUUUCCAUAAUUAUCCAUUAAAAAAAUGGGUUUCAAUUUAUUCCUGUAUUCAGUUUAUAUUUUUCUAUAUGUUUAUGAAAUAACAUCCUAGAAAUUACAUGCAAAUAGUUCAAAUUAUGAUUUAUUAAAUUCCUGUGGGUAUUUGAACACAUUAUGCCUCCAUGUUUGGUCUGUCCUACAUCAACUCUUGAUGUAUCAAAUAUUUCAAAUCAAAUCAAAUUCUUUCAUGUGCUUCAUGUAUGUAUAAUUAGCAUUGAAGGCAUGGCUUAAUUUUUUUCCUUUCUCCAUUUAUUCUUAUCUUUGUUUAUCAAAUUUCUAAUUUAGGUAUACUUAAUUAAAAUCUUUUUAUUCUAUUUUGUUGGUAUUUUCUGUUCUCUUUUAUCUAUCAUCACAAUAUUCAUCUCCAAAUAAUACCAUACGUCUCAGAACUAAUUUGUAAAUUAUUGUAUUAUUAUUGAGCACAUUCUUUAGCUUUUAUAUAAGUUUAUUUCAUUCCGAUAUUUGUUUUUGUUCAAUAAGUUUGAUACCCUUUUUAUAAUAAAAAUGGUUAAGCUCCUCAAAAUAGUCAUUUUUUCAAGUCUGGGAACAAAAAAUAAUCCGAGGGGCUAAAUCUGGCGAAGAGGGUGUAUAAGGUAGCAAUUCAAACUGUAAUUCACUAAUAAUGGCCAUUGCAAUAAUGUAUGUGUGAGCUGGUGCAUUGUCUUGAUGAAAAAACACUUUCUGUUGAUAGAAAAGGAGCUUUCUCAUUCUAUUAGAAUGCUAUGUCUAAAAUAUGAUGAAACAUUCAGAAAAAUACAGAUUCUAUGUGAUGAGAUUAUUCAGAUAUUCCUAGAUACCAAUUAAAUAUGACAUAAAUUUGAAAAAAUUAAAAGAAAA